GUGUGUAUAAUACAGUAUAUAUACACUCAACCACAGAACAUAUAUCAAACCCAAUUAUCCGGAACUAUGGCUGAACCCAAACUAGUCCAUCCAGUGGCAGAAGCCAGUGCUACGAGUCCCUUCGGCUCUCUAACUGCUGACGAGUUCUACGCUCGUCACUCAGUGAAGCACUCGUCCGAGUUCAUCACCAAUUCUCGCGGUCUCAAGCUUUUCACUCAGUGGUGGACUCCACUUCCUCCCACUCAGAUCGUUGGAAUUAUUGCCGCCGUCCACGGAUUCACCGGCGAGUCGAGCUGGUUCGUCCAACUCACCGCCGUGCAUUUCGCCAAACACGGAUUCGCUGUGUGCGCAAUCGAUCACCAAGGCCAUGGAUACUCCGAAGGCCUCGUCGCUCACAUUCCGGACAUCAAUCCCGUCGUCGACGACUGUAUCGCGUUUUUCGACUCCUUUAGGGCUCGUUACGCGCCGUCGCUACCUUCAUUCCUCUACUCUGAAUCUCUCGGCGGCGCAAUUGCGUUGCUAAUUACUCUUCGCCGCAGCGGUUCAAAGCCGUACGACGGCGUUGUUCUGAACGGAGCGAUGUGCGGGAUCAGCGACAAGUUCAAACCGGCGUGGCCGUUGGAGCACUUCUUAUCCGUCGUCGCGGCGGUGAUUCCUACGUGGCAGGUGAUCCCCACGCGCGGCUCCAUCCCCGAUAUGUCGUUCAGAGUGGACUGGAAACGUAAACUGGCCAUCGCAAGCCCGAGGCGCAGUAUGGCUCGGCCACGCGCGGCCACCGCACAGGAAUUACUCCGAGUAUGCAGAGAGCUGCAAGGAAGAUUCGAGGAAAUCGACGUUCCGUUGCUUAUUGUACACGGAGGAGACGACGUCGUUUGUGAUCCGGCGUGUGUGGAGGAGUUGUAUCGACGCGCGGCGAGUAAAGAUAAGACGAUAAAGAUAUAUCCAGGGUUGUUGCACCAGAUGAUAGGAGAAGAGGAGAAGGACGUGGAGACCGUGUUCGGGGAUGUUGUGGAGUGGCUCAAGGACAGAGCAGCACGCGCCGCCGUGCACGGUGGUGAUGUAUGAUAGUACUCAUUUAUAUUUUGCUAAAUAAAAUUAUAAACAAUUUAUUUCUGUAGUACAAGUAGUAGGUUCUUAAGACAAAAGUGAAAAUUGGUAGUAAUUGGUUACGAACUUGCGAUGGUUAUGCAUGAGACUUUGAAAUUUGGCCAUACAUGUAAUUUUUGUUUAUUGA